AUGGCUAGCACAUCAAACGACGUGGACUAUCCAUCGCCGGAGACACCAUCAGAAGGCCUUCCAACACCAGGAGAACAUGCACGUCUUCAUCACCUACUCGCUAUGGUCGAUGAGCCAGAGCAACCGCCUUAUAUUCGAUCCCGCAUGCAUUCGAUGACGCCUACGCUACACGAGGACUACAACGACCGCCGCAGCUCAAGAACCACGAAAAGAUAUUCUUACAGCUCAAUGAAUGAGAAGGAAGUAGACAACCGCGAACACAUGAUCCAGCAAAAGUAUGCCGAACGUCUUUGCUCCAAGUGCAAACACCUGGAUCGGGAUCAGGAAGCAGCGCUGGAGGCAAUGCAAAUCGUACCGCCUGAAAAGGAAGAAGAUAGUAAGAUUGUCACCUGGGAUGGCGAACAUGAUCCGAAGAAGCCGAUGAACAUGUCCGAGGCACGUAAAUGGAUGAUAGUCAUCUCGACUGGCUUGAUGACUUUCUGUGUUUCGUUUGCCAGUUCAGUCUUCUCGACUACGACGUUCGUAACGGCAGAACUGUUUGGUGUUAGCAGUGAGGUCAUGAUUCUGGGUCUUUCGCUAUAUGUGCUUGGCUUUGCUUUCGGUAAGUUGUUCGUCGUUAUUGUUUUUUUUUUUUUGAACGAGCUGCUAAGGAAUUUACAGGGCCCUUGA